AUGUACAAGCCCAAGUCGCGAAACGAAUGGGUCCUUCUAACCAUCACCGCGGCCCAGGCUCUGCUAGUCACCGCGCUUGAUUUAUACAUACUCCUCACCUACUUCGACUGGGUAACACCCUAUGUCUACCAAGUCCCCAACUCCUAUGUCGUUCCCGCCAACUUUGCCAUCGUCGUCCUCGGCAACCUCUACCAGGCCGUACUGGCCUGGGACGGUCUGCGCGUCAAGAACACAUUGCAAUUGUACAGCGUCUACCUUCUCAAUGCCGGCCUCCUCUUCUUCUCCGUCAUGCGAUAUCGCCAAACAAAGAUGGUCACCGCUAGUUUACAACGAGCAGAGGCUGCGGGCCACAAACCUUUGACAAAUCGACACAUCAACUACUGGAAGAAUGUAGAGCCGGCACUGUUGACAGUUACGGCCAGCAUUGGCUUGUCUUGGCUCGUCCAGGGUGUCCUUGUUUGCCUGUUACACAGAGAGUUCAAGUGGGCAAUCUAUAGGCAUAUCCGGGGGAGUUUAGAAAUGUUGAGGCGAUAUUUCACCUAUCAGGUCCUCGUUGUGCUCAUGCGUUUCGAGAUCUACUUCUUCAUCGCCUUCAUCGUCCUCUACGGCCUCAUCAGCGUACAUUACAGACAGCCCGAGUUUGCACUCACAAUGGCCAUGAUUCCCGCCCUUACUAUCCUGGUCAUCCUGACCAUUCUCUUUACAAAAUCCGAAAACUACUUGGGCGCCAUAUUCGCAAUUAUCCUCCGCUUAGGCGAAAUAACCUACCUCCUCAGUCGAAUCCUCCUCCUCACUGGCAAGUCUCGCCGUGCAAAUACCGCUCUGAAAGACGAGAUGCUCUUCUUCGCAGGCACCGCGAUAGCACUUGCAACCCUCGCCUGUUUCAACGCCAUGCUAUGCGUCUUCAAUUUCAGAAAGGGCUUGAGACCGCUCCUGGGCGGCUACAGCUGGAAUCAGGCGCCGUCUGUAUUUGAGCCCGUCCAUCAGCAUCGGUACAGCGAGAGGAUCGAACUGGAUUAA